GAACGGUAUUCUUCCCGCGAGCCAUUCGGAAUUGGAAGCGGAUGAUGGCCGAACGGCUCUCUUCGUCCGUGGCCCACUGCCUCCUCCCCGCCCCCAAUCUGCCGCGCGCCGCCGCCCUCCCCCACCGCCGGAGCCGCCUCUCUCCUUCCCGUUCUCUUCCGUCCGUCACUGCCCUCCUCCUCGCCUCUCCCCCGCUAGCAUCUCCUAUCCCCUGCCGAUUCCAGAGGCUGGCGGUUGGUGGCACUGGAAGGGUGAUGUCGGUGCCGUGCACGGAUACCGACCCGGCGCAGCUGAGAAGCGCGAGGGAGGACAUCAAGGAGCUUCUCAACAAAACCUUCUGUCAUCCUAUUUUGGUUCGUUUGGGAUGGCAUGAUGCUGGUACAUACAACAAAAAUAUUGAGGAGUGGCCAAAAUGUGGUGGAGCUAAUGGAAGCUUGCGAUUUGAAAUAGAACUGAAACAUGCAGCCAAUGCUGGUCUUGUAAAUGCUCUAAAGCUUAUUCAGCCCAUUAAGGACAAGUACCCAAACAUUACAUAUGCAGAUUUAUUCCAAUUAGCCAGUGCUACAGCAAUCGAGGAGGCUGGUGGGCCCCAAAUUCCUAUGAAAUAUGGAAGGCUAGAUGUUUCCGGGCCUGAACAGUGCCCAGAGGAGGGCAGACUUCCUGAUGCUGGCCCACGCUCACCUCCUGAUCAUCUUCGAGAUACAUUCUACAGGAUGGGCCUCAAUGACAAGGAGAUUGUGGCCCUAUCUGGUGCUCAUACACUGGGGCGGUCCAGACCAGAUCGUAGUGGUUGGGGAAAACCAGAAACUAAGUAUACAAAAGAUGGGCCCGGUGCACCUGGUGGGCAGUCAUGGACAGUGCAGUGGCUGAAGUUUGAUAAUAUUUACUUCAAAGAAAUCAAAGAACGAAAAGAUGAAGACUUGCUAGUUCUGCCGACAGAUGCAGCCCUAUUUGAAGACCCAAAUUUUAAGGUCUAUGCUACUAAAUAUGCAGAGGACCAGGAUGCAUUUUUCAAAGAUUAUGCUGAAGCUCAUGCUAAACUGAGCAAUUUAGGUGCCAAAUUUGAUCCUCCGGAGGGGAUAUCUAUAGCUGAUGAUUCAAAGCCUGUUACCGCAGCAGCAACUGCAGAGCCAUUUGUUGCAGCCAAGUAUUCUUAUGGAAAGAAGGAGCUCUCUGAGACAAUGAAGGCUAAGAUCAGGGCAGAGUACGAAGGAUUUGGCGGCAGUCCAGAUAAGCCUCUCAAUUCGAAUUACUUUCUAAAUAUCAUGAUCUUGAUCGCAGGAUUGGCCUUCGUGACAUCGCUAAUUGUAAACUGAGCGUUUCUUUUCUGCGUGUUGUGAAAGUGUAUUUAUAAAUAUUAAUCGACUGAGUUUAUUUCUAUUUGGAAUUGAAUAAAUUAAAAUAUGAUUAAACUGCUGAAAUGUGGAUAUGCCAUUGCGUUUCCUCAGGAUA